UUCGUGGUGACUGUCAAAAAGGGUAAGACGGAAUUACAAAGUGAAUGCUGCCCGUUUAUUUUGGACAAGUUAAAGCAGCUAAACUUGCAAACAAAAUGGCAAAGGUGCUGCAACGUGUGGAAACCACGCUGCGUAGCUUCUAUGUAUUUAAUUCCAGCUUUGGCCAAAAGGAGGGCGAGGAGCACAAGAAAAUACUGUUCUAUCAUCCGAAUGACAUUGAGCUCAAUACAAAAAUCAAAGAUGUGGGCCUUAGUGAAGCCAUCAUAACCUUUACCGGCACGUUCACGAACGAGGAUGAUUGCAAGGCUCUGCAUACGCAGAAGACAACACAGCUGUUCUAUCAGCCGGAGCCAGGCUUUUGGCUGGUGCUGGUGCUCAAUGUGCCAAAGGAGCUCAAGCUAAAGGACGGCGUCGAGGUGGCCGAUUAUCGCGGCGGCGACGUCUCCGAUCGCAUAUACCACGCCGUGCUCCGCCAAUGCUAUCACAUGUAUCGCUUCCAUCAUGGCACGCUGCAGGGCAAGUUGUCGCAAGCGGCGGCAGAGGAAGAGCGCCAGCAGCUGGCGGCCGAGUUGCAACAGUUCUAUGAAAGCUAUUUGGCGAAUAUCAAGGAUUUGGCACACUGCGACAUUGUGGACAUGCUGCACUCGGUCCAGUAUCUGGCGCUGGACAAGGCGCUGUUCCUGCGCGCCCACAACUUUAGCAUGCUAUGCGAUAACUUCCCCGCCGUCAAGGAGUGCAUCAUGCUCUACAACGAGCAGGUCGUCUGCGGCGGCAAGCUGACCGCCAGCGAUCUGUACAGCCUGCAUGCGCACAUCCCGACGGCCACAUCCGCAGCUGCCUAUGGUUCGGGCGCCUUUGUGCGGGAUGCGAACGAAGAGCAGGCGCCCCGUAGAGUAUUUUUGGAGUGGGAGGGGCAAAUUAAGCCAUACUACUUGCUCAUCUAUCGGGCACUAAAUGUGACGCUCUGCCUGUUCCUCGAUGCCCGGCAAGCUGCACCGGCGCCUGACUUCUAUGAGGAACUGGACACGUAUAUGGGUCCGCAGCUCAGCUGCCUGGCGCGCGACAUUGCCGCCGAAGUCUCGAAGCUGAGCGUGGGCAUCGCUGCCGCCCAGGAGAGCACCUCAAAUGAUAACUCGCCCAAAUAUCUGUUUAUCAACGAGCAAAGUCUGCAGCACCACACGAAUAUCUAUCGGAGCGCCAAGACGCCGCAGAAGAGCCUGCCGCGCAACGUGAUGAGCAUCAUUGCUGAUUUGGCCAAUCCCAUUGAGCAUGGUGCUGCGGCCACCGAGGAGCUGCAGGUGAAGACAACCAACGAUUUUUGGGUCGUGAAGCGGCGGUGCAACUGGCGUCAGUACUAUGUGAUACUUGGCAAGAGCAAGGCGACGCUUUUGGAUGUGACGCAGGAGGCGAAGCGUAUAUUUGAACAGGAGCUCACAGAUGAUGUAUUCUUUGACAAAUAAACAGUAGAAUUAGAUAAAUAAAUGGCGUUUUCCAAUUGUA